AUGUCCAUUUCCUCUACGAGUAAACAAAGUUCAUUGGAGAAUUGUGAUGAUAUUUGUCUUGUUUGCAAUGAUCAAUCUUCUGGAUAUCAUUAUGGGAUUCCAUCGUGUAAUGGAUGCAAGACUUUCUUUCGGCGUGCCAUCGUCCAAAAUCUCACGUUCAUUUGUCAGCUUGGUGGAAAGUGUUCGGUGGAUAAAACUGUUCGUUGUGCUUGUCGAUUUUGUCGCUUGAAGAAGUGUAUAGACAUGGGAAUGGAUAAAAAUGCUAUUCAAAACAAUCGCGAGCCUAUUGGAUACACGAAACGAUCAAGAAAGAAGAAGCUGAGCUUUGCACAAGAUGAUCAACAACCAAGUACAUCGAAAGAGACUCUAUCUCCAUUAGAUUCUCCGGAGACUUUCCCCGAAUUAGAUCGCUUGGUCACCAUUGAGAAGCGGCUACAAAAACUACGGAUUGGGAUAUUGAAUGUUCCAACUGAACUUGAAACAGCUCUCCUCUCAGAAAGACUUCUAGAAAAUGAGGGAUUCAUCGAGAAAAAUGGAAGAGAGUUUAAGUCCCCGUUUUUCCAAAGAUAUUUUACUGAAGAAGAUGCAUCAUUUUGGAUUGAUCGAGAUGCGACAUUGAUGCUCGAAUGGAUAAAGUGUUUGCUGGGUGGGCAAGAGCUCGAUGUAGAGGAUUUGACUCAAAUCAUCUACUCAUCUUCCAUUAAUUUGCUUGUUCUUUUAUGGACUUAUUACUCAAAGGAUACAAAAGAAGAUCGAAUCGUUUUCCCGAAUGGAGCUUGGUUUGAUACUGGACAGAAACAAGAAACAUCUCUAUUCGUCUCUGAGCGUUCUCAAUUGAUCAAUGGAAUUCUCAAAGACAUUCGAAAAUUAGAGUUUGAUGAAGUGGAAAUGGUGGCUUUUCGAGCAUUGUUAGCGUUGAACUCGAACAUUGAAGAACUGACAUCGAAAGGACGAGAAAUUAUCGAGAAGAAUCGGUCCUCGAUUGCCCUUUCAAUUCAUCAAUAUUUAGAGCAGAAAAUGGGCGGAUUUCUUGAGGCUGAUGAAAGACAAUGGUUUUCAUCUUACAUUAGUCUAAAUUUUAACAAUGACAAGGCGAUA